AUAGUAUAUUAUUUACUCUACAUAAUAUGUCAAUGAUCAUAGAAUCAUUUCGGCUGAUAAGCUAUCGAAAAUUUAUUUUACCGUUUGCGCUUGUUAAUUGAGUUUAUAGACAUGGCCCGUUGAUUAUAGAUAGCUCUGGCAGUGAAUAAUUAUAAUAUACAAUUUAAUACAUUGCUAAACUGUUUAUUUAGACUUCAAAAUGAGGAUACGACGACUGUCUGCAUUUUUUUGGACGACGUGUAUCAUAGCAUUUAUUUUUAUUUUAUACGUGGUCACGGACUUAAGUUUCAAAUUGCCUAGUAUAAAACCGGCCGUGGAAAUUGAUGAGAGUAAAUGGUCUUCAUUUGAAUCAAAGUUACGCCACAUUGAGAAUGAGUUGAACCAACACCAUGCAGUUGUCGGAGAGAUCAAAUCUGCAAUGAAUCAGAUUGUUGAGCAAUCCCAAGAUUACCAUCCACCGCAGAAACGGCCUAAGGAAUACCCUAAGGAGACAAAGUUGAGGGAAUUUAAAGCAGUUGGUGACGAACCACCGAGGAUGCAUAUAAAGCUUAAUACAUCAACUUGUCCUGUACAAAAACAUGUUGCACCAAAAACUGAUGUUCAGAUGCUAUCAAUGUACGAACGCAUAAUGUUCGACGACAAAGAUGGCGGUGUGUGGAAGCAAGGCUGGAAUAUAGAAUACAAAGAGGAUCAGUGGAAUCAAAAGAAUAAAUUGAAGGUUUUCAUUGUGCCACACUCACACAACGAUCCAGGAUGGAUAAAGACAUUCGAAAACUACUACAAAACACAAACAAAGGCAAUUUUCACAAACAUGGUGGAAAAAAUGAGCGAAGGCGUCGGCAGGAAGUUUAUAUGGGCAGAGAUCAGUUACUUGUCGCUCUGGUGGAACAGUGAUGCAACGGAAAAGGACAAGCAAGCGUUUGCGAACUUGUUAAACUCGGAUAAAUUAGAGAUUGUAACUGGUGGAUGGGUUAUGAACGACGAAGCGAACUCGCACUGGCUGGGAAUAAUCCAGCAGUUAACUACUGGACAUCAGUGGCUUUUAGAAAAUCUGGGUUAUAUACCGAAAAACGCCUGGUCAAUAGACCCUUUCGGAUAUUCUAGCGCGCAACCGUACAUACUUAAGUUGGCGGGCAUGGAGAACUCGAUAAUCCAGAGAGUACAUUACCGUGUGAAGAAAGAGUUGGGUUUGAACAGGCAGCUGGAGUUUAGGUGGAGGCAGGUGUGGGACAGUAUCGGUAAAACUGACUUGUUCACUCACGUGAUGCCCUUCUACUCGUACGACGUGCCUCACUCUUGCGGACCAGACCCUAAGAUCUGUUGUCAGUUUGACUUUAAGAGGCUACCAGGAAAUGGAAUAACUUGCCCAUGGGGCAUAGCGCCGCGGAAAAUCACAGAGAAAAAUGUUGAAGAAAGAGCCAUGUUAAUUCUGGACCAGUGGCGUAAGAAAGCGCAGCUAUACCGCAGUAACGUGGUGAUGUUCCCGCUCGGCGACGACUUCAGGUACGACCGCGCCAACGAGUGGGACCACCAGUACAAGAACUACGAGAUGCUCAUAGACUACAUAAACAGUAACGACGCGUUGAAUACUGAGGUACAAUUCGGCAACCUCCAAGACUAUUUCAAAGCCGUCCACGCUGAGAUGAAGCUGUCGAACUUCCCGGUGCUGUCCGGCGAUUUCUUCACGUACGCAGACAGGAACCAGCACUACUGGAGCGGUUAUUUCACAUCGAGGCCGUUCUAUAAGAACAUGGACAGAGUGUUGCUGGCCUAUGUAAGGGCGGCGGAGCUGGUGACGGCGCAGGCGCAGGCGGCGGGCUCGGUGUCGCGCGUGCUGGCGCUGACGCUGCGCGACCGCGUGCAGGCGGCGCGGCGCGCGCUGGCGCUGUUCCAGCACCACGACGCCAUCGCCGGCACCGCCCGGGACGACGUCGUCGACGACUACGCCAACAAACUGUUGGCCGCCAUAAAGUACUGCCAAUCAGCGAUCCAGCAAGCAGCAUACUACCUCCUCAAGCAGCCGCAAAUACAAGACCAGAACCAAGAGGACAUAUAUUUCAACGUGGACGACAUCUGGCGGCAACACGAUGAGAUCCCCACCAGGAUCACAAUGGCUUUAGACGUAGUCUCGCCGUCGAGGCGGCUGGUUCUGUACAACGCGCUGCCGUUCAAACGGCAAGAGAUUCUUACUGUGAUUGUAUCCACGCCUCAUGUGGAGGUGUUCAACCCGGAAGGCGACCCCAUCAUGGCGCAGAUCUCGCCCGUGGUCGCCGGCGAGAAGCGGCUCGGGCUCGCGUCCAACAAGUACCAGCUGUCGUUCCCCGUCGCGGUGGAACCGCUGGCUCUCACCACGUAUACUGUUUCAUUGAGAGACGUCAUGAGUAUUAACAAAUACACCUCCUACUCCCACAUACGAGUGUACAACGCGGACUACUGGACCCUGGACUUGCCCAAGAUGUUCCCCGUGGAGCAGCCGACCGCGCGGCUGAUGGAGGACAUCACGUUCCAGGCCAGCAACAGCACCAGGGUGGUGGCCAACAUGAACGGAAUGAUUAAGGCGAUCGUGUCAACAGAUGGCGCCACUGUGCCAGUACAUAUGGACUUUGUGCAAUACGACACACAGAAAGGCAAAGACAACAACAGCGGCGGGUAUUUGUUCAUCCCGUCGGGUCCCGCGACGGAGUUCAAACCCGAUGCGUUCCCGGAGAUGGUGGUCACGGAGGGAAUCUACAAGUCCACGCUGUACACCGCGCUCACCGGGCCGCGCGCCGCCGAGAUCGUGCUGGCGAUAUCAGUGUACAAUAAUCCAUCACUGCCGCAAACCGAAGUGGAGAUCAGUAACACGCUCUUGAUCGACCCGCAAGUUGACGACCUAGAGCUGGCCAUGCGGUUCUCUACAGGAGUCAAGAAUGGAGACGUUUUCUAUACAGAUUUGAAUGGGAUGCAC